AUGUCGAAACCCCAAGAAUUCACCAUCAAAGUGCAGUCAGAAGAUGCAGAAAAGAAGGAAAAGCCCGAGAGUGAUAAGCCCAAUUUCGAGGGUUCAUCGAAACUCUUGAAGGAUUCUAAAGAGGGCGAAGGCGGAUCGGAAGAGGAUCAGCAACUAAAAGAUCAGCUAGAGAUGUUGGUCGAACGGUUGAAGGAAUUGAAUACCGAGCUCUAUCGGUCUGCUCUGGAAACAUUACGAACCCUCAUCCGAACAUCUACUUCUUCUAUGACUUCCGUACCUAAACCUCUUAAAUUUCUCCGGCCGCAUUAUCCCGAUCUUCAAGCACUGUACGAAACCUGGGCUCCGUCGGAAGACAAGGUCAGUCCUCUCUUUCACCGCCAUACUCCGUUUAACACGUCUUCAGAGUCUCUUCGCCGAUAUCCUCUCCGUUCUGGCCAUGACCUACUCCGACACACAGCCAAGAGGAACGCUGCGAUACGGACGAUCUCCGGUUUCCAGACACAUCAGUCACCCGUCCGGCUUGGGACGACAGAGCGUGCGGAGUUAGCAACCGAGGAGUUCAUUCCCUUUAGCCACGUCCUCGAGGGCUUCGUCAUCCUACAGAAGAACGCCGGUUGGGAGACGGAGGACAAGAUGGAGCUAUAG